UCAAAAGUGUAACAUUGAAGUCCAGCUUAAGUUAGCCUACCGAAGGAUCCGAUCAUAUAUCGGGUCGGGUUUGAGGUCGCCUUAAAUUAUCGGAAAUGCAGCUCCGGCGCCCCAGUAAUUGAAAACUAAGUACUGUACACACAAGCAACUCUCUCUCUCUCUCUCUCUCUCUCUCUCUCUCUCAACUCCCCCCUCCCCUCUCUCUCCUUUCUGGUGAUCCAAUAUUAAACUACCGCGCACAAUCUUAUCCAUUCCCCUGAUUAGAGUUGAAUUUUCACUACCGAUCGAAAAACAAUCGAUCAGGGGACACAAAAAAGCAAGUUGCUCAACAUAAUCAAUUUUGAAUGAUGAUCUGGAGAGGAAGGAUAUAUCGGAGGAAGGGAUAAUUGAUCGGUUGAUUUUUAUGGGAUUUCUUUUAUAGUUUCUGACUUGUGCAUAACGUAUGAGAUUAUAUUUGCUACUUAAUUUGGUUACCAUAUGGUGAUUUUUCAUUUUGUUAUGUGCGUUUGAAAGUCUAUUGAUUACAUAUGAAUAGUUGUCGAGCAGGGCAGUGAAGUAGUUAAAGAGAUUUAGAUAAUCAGAAAUGAAUGUGUGGAAGAGCUCAGGAACUGUUUAGAUUUCCUUUCUUUUGAUGUUGGAGUAUAAUUUUAGGGGCCAUACAGGAAAAUAUGGGAAAUUUGGCCGUAAUUAUUUAGAUAGCAAAGCAUUUUUUAUUCUUCUCGAUUGAAUCGGGAAGGUUGCAUAAACUACUCUGAUGCAACAGCUAAAUAGGUCUACUGACAUUGCUGAAGCCAUGACUGGCGGGCCGCCUGGCAUCAAUAGUCAUUGUGCUCAGCAAGUUUCAUUGGACACUUUACCCAGAAAUGGUCCGCCAAUAAAGAAACAAGUAAAUAAUAUAUCUAUUCAGACUGGAGAGGAGUUCUCCAUGAAAUUUCUUCAAGAAUGUGCUGCUUCUAGAGUUAUUACUGAAGCGCCUGGUGUCACUCCCAGCUAUGAGGAGAAUGUCGGUUUUCCAGAUGUCCAGGAUCGCCAAAUGGUUUAUGAGGAGCUUGCAAGAGUUCUUGGUUUGGCAAGAAUGGAUUCUGAAUGUGGUUCUGACAUUACAGAAUAUGCUUCUGCAAAAGGAUCUACUUCACAGAUUGAUGCUGGAGUUCAUGUAAGUAAUGAAAGCUUGCAUUACAUGAAUAUUAGUGCUAAUGGACACAAACCCAGCAAGUCGACAUCAGAAGUGUGCAAUGACGAGGCUAGUUUAGUGUCCACUGUUCCACUAUUAAGUCAAUCAGAUUCAUCUAGAUCAUUAUGUUCUGAUGGUUCUCAGUCUGGGAAGCUAAAGAUCCUGUGCAGUUUUGGUGGUAAAAUAUUGCCCCGACCAAGUGAUGGGAAACUCAGGUAUGUGGGAGGAGAGACACGCAUAAUCUCCAUAAGUAAGAAUCCUUCAUGGGAGGAAUUAAUGAAGAAAAUAGCUGGAAUGUGCAAUCAGCCGUACUCAAUCAAGUAUCAGCUUCCAGGGGAGGAUCUUGAUGCCCUUAUAUCCGUGUCUUCUGAUGAGGACAUGCAGAAUAUGAUUGAUGAAUAUUAUGGGAUUGACAAGCCUGAGGGUUCUCAACGACUUCGUAUCUUUUUGAUUCCUUUGGUCGAAUUGGAAACCCCUGUUGCCGUUGAUGCCAACAUUACUCAGCAGAGUGACACAAACUAUCAGUAUGUUGUUGCUGUAAAUGGCAUGGUUGAAACUGAUCAUAAUCCCCAGAAAUACGCUGGGCAAUCUUCUGCUGGUGAAAUGGACCAUUUGAUGCCUAAUGCAGAAAGUAAUUCAAGGAAUGACAAAAUCUUCCCCUUCCCCUUACAUCCUUUGGAGAUCAAGGAAACCCUCGCCGACAAGUCGCAAAAUUUUAUUAGGUUUCCUUCAUCAACGCCAUUUCCUGUUCAGCAAGCUGAUAUGAGUCAUAUGACAAAUGUCAAGACAAUACCACUUCCACCAGAAGAGUCCAUUGGCUACAGCACUUCUAGUUAUCACACCCCUCAGGUGGCUGUAAAUUCGAUGAAGUCACACAAUCCAAUCCAUCAAAAUGACACUGUCCAACCAAAUAUGAUGGCUCAAUUGAUUUUAGAAGGAGAAAAUUUGGGUCCUCAAAGAGUGGAGCACAGUAAUAGAAACAUUGUGUUAUGCUCUCAGGAGGGGAUUCCCAUUGUGGAAAAUACAUUUAAUUCUGAAACUUCUCCUCCUCGACCUGAUAAUUUGGUGGAACUAUUGCCUGCAUCUAUUGACCCAGUUAGUUAUCAUGGAAUCCCUCAUGCCUUUUCUGAUUCCAAGCUUCAGGAACAGGGAGAAAAAUCUGUUUGGCCUUCUCAGGAAGAUAUGACACGCUCAUUUUCAUUGAACUUGGUAAGACAUCAAUCAUCCUUUUACGAAGUAUCUGCUGCUUUUUCAGAAAAGCCUGUACAGUUGCAUGGGAAUGCUGACUUUCUUAAUACUGAGCUCCAAAGUAUGGCAUUCCUUGCGGAGACAACUACUCCUGUCUCAGUAAUGGCAUCACAUCAAAAUUCAAAGUUGAAAAAUUUGGAUGAUCAAUGUGCAUCAAGUGUUGAAUCACUGAAUAAACUUGAUGCUAGCCAUCAUCUUUUUGUCAGUGGCAACUUACCUGUGAUUUCCAAGGAGCUGACACAGGGAUUGAAGAAUGUUAACCUUGAACCUGUCCCCUGCAUUGACCUUGAGUUACCAAAGGAACAAUCGCAGGUCUGCAAUAGUUUGGCCCCUGCCUCAUCCUUGGUCGACAUGCCACGAUCAAAGGUUUUGGAGUUGAAGGAAAUCAAUUAUUUUGGGAAAACCUCAAAGGGUGACCUAGAUAGCUAUUCAUCUUGGGCCAAUAACUCAGAAGUUGCGGGACUUGUCCAUAGCUCUCAACAACUGUCACAUGAUAAUGGCUUAGUCUUACCUCAGACCAUUUCCCAUAAACCUAUUGAGGAUUUAGUCGAUAUUGGUUGUCAAGUACCUGAGGUUAGAUGGCAUGAAAAUUUGGUUGAAAAUGCAGGCUGGAGCAGGACUCCUCACACCUCUGCUUUGUUCAAGGGAGAAGUUUCCCUCUUUGAUGAUCUGUCCCAUUAUGCCGAUCACAGAGUUGAAAAUCUGGAUUGUAUCAGAAAUUCUGAUGAGCUUCAAAAAUCAAAAGAUAGCCAGGCGGUUAAUAGAGUCAAGCAGGUUCUACAGAAACCGGUCAAUUAUAAUGCACCACCUGCUGAAAUGCCACCCUCCACUGUUCCAGUAAUUUCAGUUGCUGCUAAUGUGAAGAUACUCUCCCCCUUUGCAGAACCAGAAAAUGCUUCACCUGAUUUGGACUCUCAGGAUGUCAAUGCUGACAGUCUCGAUGAUGAAUUGUUCAGUGAUGCAAUGAUAGCUGAAAUGGAAGCAGAUAUUUAUGGUCUUCAGAUAAUUAAAAAUGCUGAUCUUGAAGAAUUGCGAGAGUUGGGUUCUGGUACAUUUGGGACAGUGUACUAUGGUAAAUGGCGAGGAACAGAUGUUGCCAUUAAGAGAAUAAAGAAAACUUGUUUCUCUGGUAGAUUAUCGGAGCAAGAACGUUUGGCAAAAGACUUCUGGCGAGAAGCUUGUAUCCUAUCAAAUUUGCACCAUCCAAAUGUUGUUGCAUUUUACGGGGUGGUGCCAGAUGGUGCAGGAGGAACUUUGGCAACUGUAGCUGAAUUCAUGGCAAAUGGAUCACUUAGGACGGCUCUAGUUCGAAAGGACAAAUCACUUGAUCAUCGUAAAAAGCUUAUAAUCGCCAUGGAUGCAGCAUUUGGCAUGGAAUACUUGCAUUCAAAAAAUAUUGUCCACUUCGAUUUGAAAUGUGACAAUUUGUUAGUUAAUUUGAGAGAUCCUGAACGACCUAUAUGCAAGGUAGGAGAUUUUGGACUUUCAAGAAUUAAACACAAUACUCUGGUAUCUGGUGGUGUUCGAGGAACACUUCCGUGGAUGGCACCAGAAUUGUUGAAUGGAAGUACUAAUCGGGUAUCUGAAAAGGUUGAUGUGUUCUCAUUUGGCAUAGUAUUGUGGGAGAUUCUGACUGGUGAGGAACCUUACGCGAAUAUGCAUUGUGGCGCUAUCAUUGGAGGCAUCGUUAAGAAUACCCUUCGCCCUUCAAUUCCUGAGUGGUGUGAUCCUGAGUGGAGGAAGCUUAUGGAACAAUGCUGGUCGGCUGAUCCUGGGACGAGGCCUUCAUUUACAGAGAUCACCUACAUGUUGAGAUCUAUGUCUGCCGCACUUCAGGCAAAAGUGACCAAUGUUACAAUGUAAGUCAAGGGGCGAAUGUUGUAUAGUAGCCGCUGGUGCAGAAGUUUUGUGAUGUUGUAUCUUCUUCCUCUAUUGUUCAUAGUUUUUCUGUCCUUUCUAUUUUGGCAUGCCGAUACAUCUGUUGAGUUGUUUCAGAUUCAUUUCUUCGUUGUUUUCUUUUCUUGUUUUUGGAGAGUGAAGCUGGGCAUGAUGAGGGCAUUUACCCUUCCUACAACCCUCUUGUUGAAUGGAAGCUUGGAGACUAUAUCUUGCUUUCA